AUGACUGUACUCCAAGAACAAGUUCGUCAGCUCCUCGACCGCGUCGAUCGUCUAGAGCGGCUACCCCAUUCAUCUUCGACAUCGCUCGAAAACCAUCUCUCAACAUCAGCCAACCAUCACAACUCUUCUUUCUCAGAUACUCCAGGUGCUCGUAACGCGAUAUUGCUCCCGUCUAGGGAUGCGAUACAAGCGAGUGGAGAGUCACCAAAAGACACCCGGGCCGUAGAGAGGGAGACGAUGGAGCUGGAGGACGAGAUAUUUGGACCAGGGUUGAGGCCCGGGUUGACAGAGACUCGAUCUUUGAGACCCACCAUUCUCGAGACAGCUUCCAGCUCUGUGAGAUCGACUCAGCAGCAACUGCGUACACCCCGUGACGCCAAUCAUAUUGUUACCGCCCCUCGGGCAAGUAUCGACACUAGGGUCGACACCGAUGUCAAGGUGGAUGAUCUCAAGACUUUGCUAAGACCGAGCGAAUCCGGUGUGGGAUCCGAGCUGGUCAAGUGGUACUUUGAAGGACCGAUGCACAUGGGUUGGCAUGUAAUCCACCGAUUCCAUUUCCUCAAUACCUAUUCCACCAUCAUGACGCUAUCACCAGAGGAACAAAAUGAAACGGACCGUUCAUGGUGGGCCAUCUACUACAUGAUACUAGCCAAUUCUGUACGCUUCACCCCCGCUUCCUUCAUCAACCACCUCCUUCCGUCUACUACGUGGGACUUAGACCUUCUUCCAGACCUUCUCCACCAGAUCAGUCUCGAUGAGCUGGACAACUCAGACUACCAAGCUGUCCCUCAAGUCCGCCAUAUCCAGGUGGCAUUGCUCUACAUCAACUAUCUGUUCCAUUUCGGCGACUCGCCAGCCAAAGCCAACUUGGCUCUGCGCCAUCUCGACUCGGCCAUUACGACUGCUCAGUGGCUAUCACUGGAUAUACUCUCACCUUCGUCGGCCGGGCCACCACCAUUGCUGAAGAAUGAUCCCGCGUUGGAAGGAUUGCCAACGGAAGCUGCGAUGCACCUCGCAAAACAGCUUUUCGCAAUGCUCAACUUUCUAGAUGGGACCAUCUACAAGAGAGCUAGAGUGUGGAGGAUUCAGUCUACAGCAUCGAAUGCCACUCAAGCUCCUGCCAACCUGACAGACUAUCAAUCUGCUCCACAAUACGCCAACUCGACAUCAGACAAUGUUGACGUGACUCUGAUGGCAUUUUCGGGUGUCUUGCCAGAUCCGGAUACACGCGUAUUCACAGAGUCCAGCCUGGCUAUUCUAGGAUCGGCGUUCGCAAACACCAUUCGCCAAUUCACCAAGGAUCUAAGCACAGAAGAGAUGUCGUACGAAGAUAUUUUGGAGUUUUCGCAAGGCCUGGAGCGUACGCUAGAACGGGUACCCGCUUGGGAUAAUCUGCAAACCGACUCUGCCUGGAUGAUAUACAUUGUCUACAGCAGCAUCAACAACCGCAUCCUUCGAAUGCAUCGACCGUACAUGCACAAAGGGUAUACAGACGCUCGAUUUUGGGCCGCAAGGGAGACGAGCAUCCAAGCUGCGUCGAGGAUUAUUCAAGCGCAAUCAAUGAUCCCCACGGGACUUCGGCCAGCAUUUGUGAAACGGUGGAUCCUCGGCGCUAGCAUCAUCCUCGCCCUCGACGCCCUCCUCGUCCUCCACCCCCUCUGCGCGCACACCCAAUCUCCAACCGAACGGGAAUCCGUCCGCUCCAACUCUCUCUACUACAUCUCCACUGCCAAAAUCGACAUUUUCGACAAGGACGACCAGUCGCAAGAUUUGAACCGAUUAUGUUCGAGGGCGAUAGGGAUACUGGUGGUGGAAGUUGCGAAUGCGGGGGAGGCUGGUGUUUUUGAUGGUGUGAUGGGGGAGGGAGGGGAUGGGCAGGUGAUGGGUAUUGAAGAGUUUUCGAGGCGGUUCAUGGCUAGGGUCAAGAGGAGGUUGCUAGAAGGAGAGAUUGCGAGAAAAGCGGCAAACCUUCAACUCCAGCCCGAUAUCGACCCCGAGCCCCAGAUAAUGCAAUCCAUCCUCGGCUCCAAUCCUUCGCAGCACCAGAACCCGCUCGACGUAUUCGACUUUUUCGACUUUACAUUCCUGAACCGGCCCGUCAAUGAUAUCAAUGAUGGUGCGCUGCCGGUGGGGGGUGAAGGUACGAGUGGUGAUGGAGCGCUGGAAGGAUUGGGAAUAUCCACAGGGAGUGGUGCUGGUUUGGGAUUGACGAGCGGUGUGGAUGAAGCGACUGCUGGGCAAUCGCAGGGGCCUAUGAACAGUCUUGGAUUCUGGGAAGAAUUCGGGUGGAACUUGGUUUGA